CUCCAUUGUUUUUUGGUGGUGGGAGAGUGAGAGAAAGAAACCAAAGCAUUAUUAAACCAAAUCAAGAAAAAAAAAGGGAAAAAGAAAAUGCCGAAUUCAGAUUCAUUUCUGCGGCAGCUAAGCAGCAAGGAAGGGUGGGAGUCAGCAUCGAAGCGGUGGGGCGUCGGCCGCGAGAGCUGCGACGGCGCUAAUUGGAAGCAGGUGGAGGGGCUCUGCGGGGAUAAUGGGAUGUUCGCGAUGAAGAAGAGGGUGAUGGUGGUGGUGGAUCAGUCCUCACACACAAAACACGCAAUGAUGUGGGCCCUCACCCACGUCACUAACAAGGGCGACAUUCUCACUCUCCUCCACGUAGUUUCUCACUCUAGCCGGAGCUCCGACACCUACUCCUCUUCUUCCUCUCACUACCUUGCCACGUCACUCGGCUCUCUCUGCAAGGCCUGUAAGCCCGAGGUUGAAGUGGAAGCAUUGGUAAUCCAAGGACCAAAAAUGGCUACUGUAAUAAGCCAGGUUAAAAAGCUUGAGGUUUCUGUUCUAGUCCUAGGCCAGAAGCAGCCUUCUCCAUUUCUUAACUGCCUGUGUUUGAAGAGCAGCUCAGAGGAUUUUGUGGAGCAAUGCAUCAACAAUUUGGAGUGCUUGACAAUAGGAGUGAGAAAGCAGAGCAAAACAGUAGGUGGAUACCUCAUCAGCACAAGAUGGCACAAGAAUUUCUGGCUUCUUGCUUAGCCAAAAAUUGUCUAAAAAUCCUAUGUAAUCAAGAAAAUAAUCUCUCUGUCUUCCAUUAACAUCAGUCUGUAAUUUUACCUUCAGGCAGGAACUAAUAUGACAGCUACUUCUCUCUC